UUUAUAACAGAUGUUUUCAAUUCCUUUAUUCUAUUUGGCGCAUUGAUGAAAACAACAGGACAAAACUGAAACAAUUGUUUUUUUUCUUCAUAACCAAACGCAGUCAUAAAUUAUUAUUGCCAAUUCACAAAAUUCCAUAACGACUUGUUUAUCCUAUUUUUAGUGCAUCAGAUGCAUUUGUGACUAACCAGUGACUUUCAAUCUAUUAUGAAAAAGCAAUAAGCAAACUUUUUUCUUGUUAUUAGUAAUAAUUUGUGUUUUACGUUUUAUAUAAGCUGCCUAAUUGUUUGUUGUUCUGUAAUACUACAAUUUUCCUAUCAAAAUUGAAAAUUUAAUUCGUUAUCAAGUUUGAUUUCAAAAAGUUCUCAUGAAAACGUUUUGAGUGUAAAAACAUAUUCGACAAUUUCAUGUUUUUUUAAGUGUCCACCACUCACUUCUAUCAAAUAUUUUGAGACCAUUUUCAAUUUCAUCGUAAUUUUUUUACAAAAACUUGAAGGUGAUUUUUUCAAAUAAAUCAGUUAUAAUCAGUUCGUUUUAAUAUGGAGGACGUUACACAUAUCAUAACUGUGAUUGUUAUGGCCAUAGCAGAAGUUGUGACCCUGAUAACGUCAUGUCUGGCAUUGGGUGGGGGCAACUGGGCGGAGACAGUGUCGGAACAGGGGGACUAUUUUGCGAGGGUGGACAACAGACAGAGCAUCAGUUAUCUCGACAGUAACAGAAUCCACUCUGUCGGCAUGUGGAGGUUUUUCAUGAUGGGAGACUAUGACUCAACGCCUCUCCCAAUCAGAGAUCCUGAGCUACAGAUGGGAACAGCCAUCUAUCUUCUGUCGAUGGCUUCAGGCUGCCUGGUGAUCACUAUCCCCUCCUACCAAAUACUGGGCAUCAGACCCUCCUGCAUCAUUAUGUCUGGCGCAGUCUUCUGGAUUAGCUUCUUCCAAGUUGUGUUCCUGUUGACUGCCGCUCUUGUUGUGGGCAGUUACUUCCAAAACACCUUCGAGUACCAGUCUUUCGGUUACUCCCACAGCCUCGCAUGGGUCUCCUUCGCAUUCUCCCUCUGUACUUUUGCAGCUGCUACCUUCAAACUGUACUGGACAUUAAACCGGCACAAACACGAACCAGACACCGACCAAAAAAUCAAGAGUCCAGAAAAUACUCAAAGAUUGCGUGAAAUGUCUCCUCGAAGUGUCCUGAGUGAGCAACGAGAAUUUUCUGGGCCUGGAAUGCGAGGAGAAGCUCCAAUUGACUCCCCCCGAAGUUUGAACAGCAUGAGACGGAUGUCAUUUGAAGAUAGACCACCGUCAGUUCCUGCUCCGAUGCGACCUGACUACUACAUGGAUCAGCCCUAUUCAAGAGCUUAAAAUUCUGAGAUACAAAUAGUUAAUCAUUUGAGAUUCCCCUUCCCGAAGAAAUUCAAGAAUAACUUGAUCUAUUGAGGGAACCAUCCAUUUCAAUGAAAUAAGGAAUUUUGAAGUGAAUUUUUACAAAAAAAAACAUCUAUAAGACUUUCGAAAACGAUCAACAUCUCCAAUUGAGUCCAUGUUACAUCAUUUCAUACUCAUUUAAAAUCAUUUUAGAAACUUAAAUGUUUAAAGUUCUUCGAAA